AUGGGAAUCUCACAAUCGACCCCAGCCAAAGACGAGACCCGCCGCUCCAACCGGCUUUCUAAGCCCUUUACCAAGAGCCUUCUCUCAAACACCAACCCGGUGCCUCUGGCCUGCCCCGAGGUUGAACCCCCAGAGCUUGCCACAGGGCUGAUCGGAUGGCAGAACCCGUGGGUUGGAUCCCACAUCCCCAGUCCCUCGGUUGAGACCAGAACUAGUGGUCCAAAGAAGCGGGACAUUCCCCCGACACUGUUUGAAUCAGAGGUGUCUGAGAACGACAGCAAUCUUCACAGUUCGUGUCUUUAUGAUCAAAGUCCCGAUCCGUCUUCGAUUUCUCCAAGCUCGUCCGUUAGUCCUGCCACUAGGAGAGCUUCUUAUCAACCCGAAUGCGUGAGCACUUCUUCGAGAUUCUCGGCUCCAGAACAACCCAGAAGAUCCAACUCCAUCCAGGCUCUUCCCCAACGACAGAGACAUGCUGUCUACGACAGCAGAAUUGAAGAUGGAACAUCUUCCAAUACGCACUUUGUGGUUGGCAACCAGCGAUUCUCGCUGACUUGCCGACGAUCCUUACUGACACGGCCGGGUGUUGCUACUCGACGAACCACAAGUGCAAUUCGACGGGUCCCAUCACCGAUUGGAGAGCCGGAGAGCUCCAUCGAUGACUCCGCGGAGUCAACAGUUUUGCACUGGCCUUUACCUCCUCGUCGAAGGCCCCCAUUGCCGGUCCCACCUCCAGCACGGCCGAGCAGCCCUUCUGACUCGCGAUAUACUCAACUUGGAGCGCUGAAGCUGGGAUCCCUACGGGUGGUCAAUGGCUCGGCCUCUCCAUGUCCCAGUGAACGCAUUCCGUUGGAUCAGCCCUACGUCCCAGGUCCUGGCUUGGGUCUUGGGGGUGUCGAAGCGAUGGGCCCGCAAGGGUCUCUGCUGGAGAUUCCAUCGGGGUUCGAUGUCAAGAGAUCUGACGACGCCCCGGGCAGUCCCUUCUCAUUCGAGAAGUCACCCACUAUUGCUGUCCCAUCUCAUGCCAAAUCCUUGUUCUCUGGGGACCCGGAGGAUGAGGGGAUUGGAAUGUCCGACGACGCAAGGACCUCUGACAGCGGCAACAGUCAGCUGGAGAAAGAUAGUGUGGACAUGGGCAUUGGUCGCCAAGGAUCCCGAUCACUCAAUAAAUCGGACAGUGGCUACAGCUCUGCAACUUCGGUCCGCUCUUUCCCACACAGCCGCACCCGAGGAUCCUUUGAUUCGCAGACGUCUGGCUCCUGCAGUACCGACAGUCCCAGGAACUUGUGGAACUCCAAUGACCAAAGCUUCAGCAGACCCGGCGAAAUGGUGCGCCAAUUCAGUCUCCGCGAGGGUCCGCCUGGGGACAAACACUGGCUGCAUCCAACGUCAACUCUCUGGUAUGACCCAAGUGGUUCGAGUACGCUCUUUCCAAGCAGUUUGCGAGCGCGACGGUCUACGUUGUGUGCUCCCCGAUAUACAGAGUACUCCGCACAGCACGAGCCGAGUUUUGACUCCACUCAUUCUGCCGCGGUGUUACCAUAUCCUCCUUCCCGAAGAGGCCAACCGGAUUUGAUGCGUGGUUCUUCGAAUGGAGAUUGGUUUCCCACGAGCCUUUUGAAUGACACGCACGGUUCCGGCUACUCGCCGGGUCUCGACAUGCCGUCUAGCUAUCAACAGACGAGUACAGAUGCCCAGGAUCAACUUCGCAGAUCUGCUUCUGAGCAUCGCAUUCACGUACCUAGCGAUAUGUGGGUCUCGCGAGUGCGUUCCCGGGGUAGAUCGGGCGGUCGGGUGUGGAGUCAGAAACCUGGCGUCGAUGUUCCCCCGCUGCCGACUAUACUCUCCCCGGACCAUCCAGAUGGGGAGGAGGAAGUUGAAGGGUCUUUUUCCGAAGCCCAUCGUGGCCGGUCUCGAAGCCGGAACCACAAUUGUCACCGUCGCCGGUUGACGAAAGCACGCCCACAGACAGAUGUUAAUCUUUGA